UGCUGCAGUGGCCGGCUGCGUCUGGCGGUGGCGCUGGCUGCCGCUCCAACUCUUAUCGCGUCAGUUCAGCAAAAAAACAGGGAGGCUUCAGUCGCUUCCAGGAGGCAGUAAGUGUAGAGACGGAGGUGUAAAGGAGCCAGGACAGUCGUCGGUUUGUGAACUUCCAUCUUCCUCCCCACCCCUCCUUUCCUGCAUUCUGUCUGCCUCUCCCCCUUCACCAUUGUCAUUUUAAAUCUCCCCCAUUCUUCCCUCUUUAAUUCCUUUUCUCUGCCACCCCCCCCCCCGAUUUUUCCCCCUGUCUUGUGUUGUUGAAGAAGACCUUUGUGAAUACCAGGAUCUAUUCCGAGCCGAACUGAAAGAAGAAGAUAAGGAACAGUGAGCAAUGGCUCAAGAGACUAACCAGACCCAAGUGCCUAUGCUAUGUCCGACAGGCUGCGGUUUCUACGGAAACCCCCGCACAAAUGGAAUGUGCUCCGUCUGCUACAAGGAAUUUCUACAGAAACAGAACAACAGUGAGCGAAUCAGUCCAUCGGGCACAGCCAGUAACCCAUCGUCAGAUCCUGCACUGGCUCCAAGCACCGAAUCAUCCCAGCAGGGCUCCACAUCUACGGUGGUCUCUUCCACACCCCCAGCCGUGGCCGCUGCCUCGGACAGCACCAGCCCAACAUUGCCAAUGGACACUUCGGAAACAAAAGAGACGACAAUGGAACAGAAGUUGGAAGCGUCGUUGUUGGCAGCGGACGAUCCGCACGGAUCCCAGGAAGAUCCGGAGAAGUCACCGGAGAAGAACAAGAAACGGAAUCGUUGCUUCCUUUGCAAGAAGAAAGUGGGACUGACAGGCUUCGAGUGCCGGUGUGGGAACUUGUACUGCUCGGUGCACAGAUAUUCCGACAUGCAUGACUGUCACUUCGACUACAAAGCGGAUGCAGCCGAGAAGAUCCGGAAGGAGAAUCCCAUGGUGGUCGGGGAGAAGUUGCAAAAGAUUUAACGAGGCCUCGGAAUAAAUCCUGAGUCUGCAUGUCUGACCGAA